AUGGGGCAGUAUGAUGGAAAAGCAGUUCUUCUUCUUCUACUGUCCUACAGUCUGCGCUGUUCCUCUGCAGCACCACAGAAGAAGACGCUCAGCUACUGCAUGCCUGUAACGAUGGCGGCCGCCUUGAGGGGAAGCUUAGUAACAUUGGUCAAGGUGAGUCCCUAGAUUAUGUUAACAAGCUUAUUUGAUAAAUACAUACACAUAGAAGGUAGUUUCUGUGGUUGAAGUUGUAUUUUGUAAGACUCCUGCGACACGUUAUGGGAGUGUAAGGAGUCAAGCAGCAGUUUGUCUUGUCGACCACGAGCCUCCAUCAUUAACUCCUGUAAUGAGAUGUCUCUGUAGCCUUCACAUGCUAAAUGACAGGUAAAGGCUUUAGUGGCCCGUCUGCUUUUGACAGCAGGUCAAAUAGUUUCAGUAGAAGCUAUUCUAACGAGUUAAUAAUAAGUCCUAAGAGUACAGCCGUAACUCAUUGUCGUGAACCGUAGAAAAUUGUGCUACAGUCGCUAACCUGACCCUGACACGUUAACUAACCUCCCUGUCCUUAGAGAGCUAUCACUUUACAUGUUUUAUCUGUAUUAUUUGUUAUAACACAAAUGACAUUGGCCUGGCUACAAGUUAACUGUUCCGAAAAGAGCCACUUAGAAAGGGGAAGGUCUGUUUGCCUCCUCGGUCCCUGCGUGUUUGAGAUUAGAUAACAUUGAGUCUUCAUUUAUCUCCUGCUUCCUCUCUUACCAGGUUUUUAACUCUCAUUGGAAGUCAAGGGUACAGUCUGACUGAUCUGGCAGCAGUCCUGAUUUGUGAUUUAGGGGGGGGGAAAUCACAAAUUUCAUGUAUUGAUUUUGUUAAAGAGAAUUUUCAAACUUUCAUAUGAGUAUGUGUACUUAUUCGGUUUGUAAUUGUAGUUAAAAGGAGGGGAUGCUUUGUAUUAUAAAGGGCUCAGUUAUUGAACGUUUUGAAUCAUUCUUUCUCUGUCAAAUCAGCUUUUUUUUUUGCUUAUAUUUAGCAUUUAUCCUUUAUUUAUUCGCAGUUGUAACAAGUAAAUGUUGUGUGUUGGUCAUGUUGAAAAAUGUCUUUGAGUAUAUAAAACCAAUCUAAAAUAUGUUGUUUUUUCUGAAGUCAAACCUGAGACUUUGGGUAAUUGUUUCAGCUUGUGUCCUGGAAAGUCAACUUGUUCAGCCCUUUGAUAAGAGGGAACAAAUGGGGUUGCUCACAGGUCGAACUUUCUUAAUUUUAGGGUUGAUGUUAAUCAUUAUAGCAUCAUCAUAAGGUUAAGAAUCACAGUUAUAGCCAGAGAUAUUACAAACAUGACCAAAACAAUAAAGCAAAAUCCCAGCGAGUAAACAUGUUUAUGUUAUCCAAUGGUCCUGAUAUACCAUGUACUGAUUGUGUCUUUGUUUGUUUUCCAUCCUUAGGGUCUUAGUGGCCCCCGGUGGCAGCAGUUGGCCUCUCGACCACUGAGUGUUACCGCUGGUCUCUGUAGCCCAGAGGCCCCCCCAGCUCGUGCUGAUGCUACUUUCACGGUGACGAUGGUGCCAGGGGACGGAGUGGGACCAGAGCUGAUGACUGCUGUCAAAGAAGUGUUUAAGGUACACUAUAAUGGAAAAGCAAAAGUUAUUUCACUGGUGUAAGUGGAUAGAAAAUGUUCAUUUUUUUAAAUGGAUAGUUUUAUCUGAAGUUGACUUUCUUUUGUCGUGUUUUCAGGCAGGAGAUGUCCCAGUUGAGUUUGAAGAGUUUCACCUGAGCGAGGUACAGAACAUGGCAAGUGAGGAGAAGCUGGAGCAAGUGUUGACCUCUAUGAAGAACAACAAAGUGGCCAUGAAAGGUAGUUUUUAUAUUUUUUUAUAUUUUACGUACAGCAAAUGGACCAUAAAAUAAGAUUAUAACAGGGAUUAGAUAGAGUGUGAUAUAUUUGUUCAUGACAUGUUUGGUUAUUUAGGAAAGAUUCACACACCCAUGGAGUUCAAAGGGGAGCUGGCUUCAUAUGAGAUGAGACUGAGGUAAAUCCAGUGUGUUUACAUACCUUUAUUCUGUUUCUUCCUGUGACAGUUUUUAGCUCACUUAACAUCCUUUCCAUUCCCCAGGCGUAAGCUGGACCUGUUCGCCAAUGUGGUUCAUGUGAACAGCCUGCCAGGCUACAGCACUCGCCACAACAACCUGGACCUGGUGAUCAUUCGUGAACAGACAGAGGGAGAGUACAGCUCUCUGGAGCACGAGGUAAACAACACUCCUCCUCACCGGAGUCAGACCAUGAGAGGAAAAUUGUUUUUUGCUGACAUGGGAAGAUUGCUUGUAAUGAUUUGACCAGCACUAAAUACACGUUUCAGAACAAAGAUGAACCAACUUAAAAUCAACAACUGACAAUUGUGUCUCCUGUUGUAUACAUCGAGUAUUUUGCAAUGUAGAUUGGUCAACACUUAAAAGUGACUAGCAUUAAAAUGUAGCUUGCCCUUCUUCCUCUUUAGAGCGUGUCGGGUGUGAUUGAAUGUUUGAAGAUCAUCACCAGAGAGAAGUCACGACGCAUCGCCAAGUUUGCCUUUGAUUAUGCCACCAAGAAGGGGAGAAACAAGGUGACCGCUGUUCACAAGGCCAACAUCAUGUAAGGAUCUUGAAAAAACAUCCUCAAGGCUUUCUGUCCUCCAGCUUUGAACAAAAACUUGCCAUUAAUUCUUUGGGAGGGUUCACUUGGGUCAUUAUUUGCAUUACAGUUACAGCAUUAAUCGUCCUCAUCCUCCUGUCUCAUUUCAGGAAACUGGGUGAUGGCCUGUUUCUGCAGAGCUGUGCGGAGGUGGCAGAACUUUACCCCAAAAUCAAAUAUGAGAACAUCAUCAUUGAUAACUGUUGCAUGCAGGUAAAUACACCCUCACCUCCAUUCAAUUAAUAAAUGAUAUACUAAUUGUGUUUUGGUUUUUGUUUCCAGUGUAAAUGUUUCAUUGUAUGUGCUUCUUUGUUCCAGCUGGUCCAGAAUCCUUAUCAGUUUGAUGUGCUGGUGAUGCCCAACCUCUACGGUAACAUUAUUGAUAACCUGGCAGCAGGACUGGUUGGAGGAGCAGGAGUUGUUCCUGGAGAAAGCUACAGUUCAGAGUACGCUGUGUUUGAGACUGUAAGUUUCUGCUUUUUAUCAUCUUACUCUAUAUGUGGGUAAAAGGAUCACUCUCUUUUAGUAGCUUGAUUAUUCUAGCCUCAGUCAGUAUAAUAUAAUAUAAAAUAUUUUAAGAUUAAGUAUUCCACUACUUGGUGCACUAGCUUCUCCUUCUUGACAUCUGUCUCUUUUUCUGACCCCCUCAGGGUGCACGCCAUCCCUUUGCACAAGCUGUUGGAAGGAACAUAGCAAAUCCCACAGCCAUGCUGCUUAGUGCUGCGAAUAUGCUCAGGCACUUAAAGUGAGUAAGCCUCUUGAUUCUUGUUCACUAUAUUUAACACAUCCUCUCUCUGCUUUGACUGGUCCAUCACAUACAUGCAUUGAGCUUUAGAAAGCAUCCUGAAGAACCCUGCCUGUCUAAAUGUAGACAUGAUUUAGACAUAUGUACCAGGCAGUUCAGGCCGGCUCUUAAACUUCACUGUAUUGUGUUGCAGUCUGGAAUACCACUCUCAAAUGGUGUCAGAUGCUGUCAAGAGGGUCAUCAAACAGGGAAAGGUAAGUGUUCACCUGCUGUGUGAUGAAGACACAUGACACAACAUGAGCACAUCUAACAACACUAACAGAACUAACGCCAAGAAGGAGGGGUCACUUUCCAUACAGAUAUCAAGAAUUUGAAGCCUGCAGAGCUUACAUACCCUUCUUACGUCAGCCUUUGUUUUAAAUGUAACCAACUGCUCAUAACUUUUGUGGGUCAGUGAUCCUGUUAUCUUAUGUCCUGUUAACAGUAUCAAAAAGCUCCAGAAGCAGGAAGGGAAGAAAAAAUUUAGAUUAAAGGACUUGUAACAGCUUGUUUGAGAGUUUUUCAUUUAAAUUUGUCGGAUACCUGCAGUUACAUCAGAGUACUGUCAUGAUAGCAGUCAUUGACCCACAAAGUCCUACAUCUAACAGUCUGCAAACUGCUGUAUAUGCAUGUACUGUAUGUUAGAGAGCCUUUGGUGACUCGCUUACAUAAACGGGUAGUAUCUAUAAACCAACCUCCUGUUUUUUCUUACUCCCUAUUCUAACCUUUUUAUAAGAUGGUAAAAAUGCAGAAAUACAGUAUGUGCUGUAUUUGCUACCAAGUUAACCAUUUUUUUUCCCACAUGCUUGGAUUAACAGUGUUUUGCGCCUGCUCCAUGUUGACACUAACAUACACAUGACGUCCGUAAAUUUUUACCCAUCGAGCAAGAAGCACGGCCAGCUACGCUGUAUGAUGGCAAAGAAAGUUCUCAAAGGAGGUGAUGUGUCAAAGGCAUAUGUAAAAUAUUAUUUGCCCGCAUGUUGUCUGAAGUGCCUUUCCUUUCCCUCCUCCCUUUCCUUUAAUUUCCUCCUCUCCUUGUACCCCAUUAUCCUGUGUGUGUGCGCGUGUGUGUUCUUUUCUAUUUUGUGUGUGCGUAUCUAUGCUCAUAUCCCAGGUACGGACACGAGACCUUGGCGGUUAUUGUACCACUGGUGACUUUGUGCAGGCUGUUGUGGAAAACCUGCGCCACCGACCUGUUUGCUAAGAUGUUUUUCGUCUCACUCCUCACUGACACAUUCUUCCAUCUGGACGCUGAUCUUAACAUGAAGUGGUCGCAUGUUAAGACUCACCUUUCAUCUCUCUGCCAAGUAAAAAUGUUGUCACACAGUUAUUAAAAACCCUGUCUGUUGCAUUCUAAUUUACAAAGUCUGUACUGGGUUUAUUGAUCCAUCUGGCAGAAUCAUCACUCCUCUGUGCUGUCGUUUACUGAAAUCAUGUGAGGCUUUCUCACCCGUUAUUUUCCCUCAUAGCUACUGUCUAAUCAUUCUUCACUUUUUCACUUUUCCAUUUCCAGUACGCUGUUUUGAUUUAUAUUUUCAAGCAUUAUUCUCCACAUAUUUUCAUUCCAUUGUGCUCGUUGCUGAACUUAACUCUAAAUGUUACAGCCGUGUUGGUCAUACAAGUUACCCCUUUGCUAUUAUACACUCAGAAACCAAACCAGCCAGGAUGCCUUGAUCAACAGAUAACACCAGCUAAUCUGCCUUACCUUCACCACCAACUUCUACUUUUUCUAAAUUUUACACGCCCCAUCACUUACCUCUCAAAGAUCUGACAAUACGCAAAUGUAAAUCACAAUACAGAAUGAUAUCAUUGCUACAUCAUGACUCAUGAAUGUCUCAAUGUAACUUUAUUACAUAUUUAUUAAAGUCUUAAAUAAAACCCAUUUCUGUGCUGAAAGCUUAACUAAAACUUGAAGUUAUUGCUCUGAGUUGCUGCAUGUUAAAGGCAAACCCACCCUAAUGCAAAAUCCAUGUUUCCUGCUUGGAUAUUAAGAACGCAGUUAAUAUUUUAGUGUUCAAAUCUCUGCUGGAUCUGUCAAAGACACAUCCUUCUAAAGACCAAAAAUACUAAGAUGUAACUUUAAGGUGUUCAGACGAAAAUAAAAACUGUGAUGGCACGGGGAAAAUAUUCUGACAGUGUUUGCAAAGCUUUUUCCCUUUUCAUUAUGACUAGUAUUUCAAGAACUCUUCUUUUGGUCAACCUGUCAUCACUCCAUAAACCACCUGCUUAGUUUUUUUGGUCUUAUAAAAACAAGUGACCUGUGUAAACUGAGCUUUUUCUACAUCUUAAAGUAGUGCCAGAAAUGCUGCCUCAUCUCUUCCUUUUUCAUGCUUUUUGUAUCACUUUGCCCCAGUUUUAGAGACUUCACAAGCCAGUUUUUUAUCAUAAAUAAAAGAUAAAGUAAUAUAUUCGUAACUGCACUCGUCUUUUUACUUUUGAUGUCCUUAGAUUUUCAAACUUUUUGGAAAAUAUUCAAGCUUUUUGUUGGUGGUAUAUGAACUCUAACACUCUCUUCUUGAUCGUAGUGUUUGCCCUUGUGUCAUGUUACUCUGGUUGUGUAGUAACUAUUGACUUUGGCGAGGAUGCAUGUUUAAUCUUACUCUUAAUAACGAUCCAAACAGUUUUUUCACUUAAACUCUGUGGGGUUUGUAGAUGUACCUGUACUAAACUUGACUCAUGUCUUUUCAUGAUCACUUUUUAACUAUUUUUUGAAAUUUUUAAUAUUCAUUGAAUUUCAUGUGAGGAAUAAAACUCUGGAUUUGUCAGAGUGCAUUUCUGACUGAUCACACUAUUCUCAAAUGUAUUCUCAAAGUGCAGUUUUUAAAGGCUCUCUAACAUGCAGGCCGUGACACUGUAUGUGGACAUGUGUUGCUGCAGCUGUGAAUACAGUGACAAACUGUCUUUAUGUUUGCAACAGGUGCGCACUUCAGACCUGGGGGGCUAUGCCACAAGCGACGAGUUCACCAGGGCUGUCAUUGCUAACCUGACAGCCUGAGCACUGUAUGUGCAAGUCUGUCAGCUGCUGAAUCGCACACACAGUUUUAUUUACCUCCUGUUAACUGAGUGUACGCUUACAGGAUAUUCCAGCUACAUUUAUUCCAACUCCGAAGCUUUAAAUGUUGAUUGAAUGCACAGCUAUGAUUUCCAUAUACCCUGGUGUAGACUUGAACAUCACACAGUUGCUUAAAUAUCUUCCAUGAAAAGUUUUGUGUUGAACAUGCAGUCUUAUCAAUAGAAACAGAGUUUCCAUGCUGCCCACUGGCUAUUGUUUUUAUUUUUAUUUUCUAUUUUUUUCUGUGGCAAGAGCAUUUCAAAUCUACUGACUGAUAUGUCUGGAACCAAAAGUCAAAAUAUGAUACAUGUAUACCUCCAUUUUAUUUAUUUACUUUUAAAUCUUAAGUUGUUUUGCUUCUUCAUUUAUGAGAGAUAAAUAAUAAAUGAAAUAUAACAUCCUGUGUGCAAAA